UGCCUCAACUGCAAUUUGUGUGCUCAGAAUGUGGCUUCCUUGGCGACUAGCUUAUCGCUCGGUUUCCUGUCGGUGCUGAUAGCUCUUGCAUCGACAAAUAUACGGCCUCCGUACGAAUCUGCGAGUAAAAAUACUUCAUCGGCUGGUCUCCGACGUGCGGACUAUCGAGAACCGGAAAUUGCUAUCGCUUGCUAAUAUUACGGGGCUCUGAUACGCUUACCAAAGUGCUCAGAACGGAACGAGCAGAGAAAACGGCAGGAAUAACAAAAUGACAUCCGAACAGUGAGAGAAUGAUAGCAGCACCGUUUACGGCGCUUGGCGAAGACUAACAUGAUACAGUGGCCGGAGCGGAGGUGAUGUUUAGAAUCGCGUUAGCUGUGUUUUCGGACAGUACGACGGGAACCGUGCCGCCGAGAUUGGCUAGUUUAGUGCUGAAAUAAGUUCUGCGUACAUUCCCAACCUAUGCUUUUACCUUUGUAAAACUGAAGUUAUGGAAUUCCUGCCACGCUCUACUCUACAUUGUAUUUUAUUGAAAAACGGAACUUGCUUGUUCCUGCGGGUUAUUGUAAAGUGCAACUGAGUGUUAUCUGUGAAACGGUGCAACAAUAGCAAUUCAACGAAGGAAUGGUCUUCUAACUUUGUUUCCACCGAACGCUGGAACAAACAUCGGAGCCACCGUUCAAACGUGAAUUCCUACUCGAAACAAAACGGCCAUUACGAGCCACCAGCGGAAACUACCCUCAUAACUAUGAAGAUAACCGAUCUUGGGCUUCGGAAUGGCAAUCAGCCGCGAACCUUUAUCACACUUCUCUUUGGCACGGUUCUGGGUUUUAUGUUUGCAACAUUUAUCACGUACUCGACAGAGCGCCAGCAACCGUGGCUCCCAGAAUACUACCAUCAACGUGAAGCACCGUCGGUUGCCAGCGAUCCGCAUACGGGUCACGAGCUGCGGGACGCUGCCGGUCCUGAGAAAGACGUUGGCAAGCAUGGGUCCCACGAAGAAGUGCACGCACACGAAAAUUCCUCUCUAGCCCAGCAACUGCAGCGCGAGGUUCGCGUCCUCUGCUGGGUAAUGACAAACCCGAGCAAUCACAAGAAGAAAGCACUGCACGUAAAACGUACCUGGGCGGGCCGUUGCAACAAGAUUUUGUUCAUGAGCUCGCAAAAGGACCCGCUGAUCGACUCAAUUGCGCUGCCCGUGGGCGAAGGGCGUAACAACUUGUGGGCGAAAACGAAGGAAGCCUUCAAGUAUAUCUACCAGCACCAUUUGGACGAUGCCGAUUGGUUCCUAAAAGCUGACGAUGACACUUACGUGAUCGUGGAAAAUCUGCGUUACAUGCUGUACUCGUACUCACCGAGCUUCCCGAUCUACUUUGGUUGCCGUUUCAAACCGUUCGUCAAGCAAGGCUACAUGUCAGGCGGUGCCGGUUAUGUGUUGAGCAAAGAAGCAGUCAAGCGUUUCAUUGAGGAUGCACUGCCUAACCCCCAAUGUCGCCAGGACGCGGAUGGAUCGGAGGAUGUCGAAAUUGGCAAAUGUCUGGAAAUGGUGAAGGUUCUGGCCGGUGAUUCGAGGGACGCUGUAGGGCGGGGACGAUUUUUCCCAUUUGUGCCGGAGCAUCAUUUAAUUCCGAACCAUGUUGGAAAUGAUUUUUGGUAUGUCCAAUACUCUUACUACAAAGCGGAUGAGGGCCUCGACUGUUGUUCCGACAAUGCAAUCUCAUUUCACUACGUGUCGCCAAACCAGAUGUACGUACUAGAUUAUCUUAUCUACCAUUUGCGGCCAUACGGUAUUGUGGGCCACGCGCAACCUCUACCAAAGAAGCUCAGCCUAACUGAUCUAGUGCGGGUAGACGAUUUGGGAAAGACAACCACAAAACCAUCAACGGCGCAACAGCAGCAGCAGCAGACCAAAGCCGUUGCGGUCGAUACAACAAAAGAAGCAAAAUGACGAAUGGGGAUACCAAAGCUAAUGUACCAAAAACCUAACUCGAAAAAGUAGAAAGCAACAAGUAGUGCUAAGUACCAAAAAUCCAAAAAGGAACUUUGCCCACAACGUAAACAAGUAGAGUGAAUUCAUCGGGUCUUGAAGGAUGUUCCGGCCUGGUGAUACUUCGAUAUCACUUGAAAAGAAUGUCAUUUAGUUUUGCUAAGCUAUCGAUAUUAAGACACACGCCAAAUCGUGACGUGCGAAGUGGCGCAGGAUUUGGCCACUUGCUCUUUCCUUUUCCUUUGUUUUUUUCCUUAUGUAUAUCCUGUUUUAAUUUUUGUGUGAUAUGGAUACUCAAUCAAUUUUUUUCUCCAAGGUUGAAUCAGAAUGCAUUCAAGAGAGGGUCCGUUGGCAACAGUGCCAUUAAGACGUAAGAAAGUAGAAAUAAGAAGGCUGAAAUUAGACGGAAAUCUCGCAUCACCCAAACUCGGAACAGCUGUGUUACGUUUCCACUAUCAAAUAUGAACUCCAUUUCUCUGAAACAUCGUCUGAACUAAUUUAGUAGGAUUGCUGUACGUGUGUUCCUUACACUUCAUAAACCGAGAGGGCUCAUAUUAACUUCGUCCAUAAAACUGCUACCUUCUAAACUUCAUUUGUGAAUCUCUUUAGGAAUCUCAAAUGUAGUACUUUACAAUUGGUUUGGACAGUGUUAUGCAUUUUAUCAGUCUGUUCCUCAAAUUAAAGAACAUCACUCGUGCAAAUAAAAAUCAAGUAAAGUAGAAGUAGAAUUCUUUCGUUCCGAUUGCUAGAACAUCUUCUCGAAAACUUUGUCCAAAGAAUACACGUAAACGUUUUCGUUCGCCCGUACAAAAGCAAACGCCUCUAUUCCAUCUUCUCUCGAACUAACCAUGCAUUUCAUUAGGACUAUUGAAAAUAAUACCGUUCACUGUACCGUUUCGAUUUCCGUAUUCAAAUGCAAUCAAUGCAAAGGGUAAUUUCAGCCAUAAUGCCAUCACAUUCAGGAAUGUUUAGUAUGAUGUUAGAGAUCAGAAACUGACUAACAGUGUGCGUUCAAAGUAAGAAGAACAUGAAUAGCAAUUAACAUAUUUCCUAUGUUAUAUCCUUCAACCAGUACUGAUGCAAACAAAUGAGUCGCAACAGCUCAGCAGUUGCAAGAAACUCUGAAAUACUCCCUUAAGUCGAACAAAUUUUUAGCUGCAAGCUGUGUAACGCAUCAUUA